CGAGAAAACACACCGUCUUCGCUCCUUACUUUUGGCUUCACUCGCAGCUCCCAUCGAUUGUCGGGGAUGUGACCCCGGAACAGGACGCUUCCUUAGAAACAACUUAGCAUUUAAAUAACACGCAAACAAGGACAUAAAAAAAUCCUGGACCAGGAGAGUGGUGCUUCAGGACCAGGGGGGAUGAACCGGGAGGAGGCCCCUGGCAAGUCUCCUGAGGAGAUGUACAUUCAGCAGAAGGUGCGAGUGCUCCUCAUGUUGAAGAAGAUGGGUUCAAAUCUGACGCCGAGCGAGGAAGCGUUCCUGCGGAACUAUGCAGGCGUGGUGCACAGUCAGAUGAGCCAGCUGCCACAGCACAAUAUAGACCAGGGUGCGGAGGACGUGGUGAUGGCCUUCUCUAGAUCAGAGACGGAGGAUAGGAGGCAGUGACCUCUGACCUCGCACUGCAGCAGCUCCUGACUCCAUCUGACCCUGAGCCUGCUGAGUGGCGGAGAGAGAGAGAGAGAGAGAGACGGACUGAGAGUGAGACAGAUGGGAUAGGAGUAAGUCUGUCCUUCAACUGUCGCUCUUCCUCAUUCCCUCCUCUUCCUCACACUAAGCGUCAAUCCAGCAGCCAAGCUCCAGCGGCUUAGAUCCUUCAGCACAGCAGGCUGACACAUGAGUCAGAACGAGUGACCUUUUUAUUUUUAACUUUUUUUGUGUGUGUGUUUUGUGCGAAAAUGUGUGUGUGUGUGUGUGUGUGUGUAAGUGUGGCUGAAUGGACCAAGAGCUUCAUUUGUCUGGUCAAACCAAGAGCAAAGCUGGGAUGAAUGGAGAUAAAGGGACUUAAAUGGGGUUGGUUUCAGGUGUGUGUGUGGGUGCUCUAGAAGUCACUGUGUGUGUGUGUGUGUGUGUUUGUGUGUGUGUAAUCCUCACAUCAUUAUCUCAUCAUGUGUUUGUGCAAGAUGUUGAGGAUGCUACUGCACUACAUCAGUGUGUGUGUGUGUGUGUGAGAGAGAGAGAGAGAGAGAGAGAGAUCCACGUUUUUCACAUACAGCUGUUUAAGACUCAUUUAGUAAUAUCAUCUUUGGAUUAAUGUGAAAUUUCCUAACCGUUUUUAUUUUAAGGACGACACAAAAAAUACUAGUGAACAAAUUGUGCCAACUGUCUUUUAUUGUAGAAUGAAUUUUUUGUAACGUAUCUAAUGAAUGUCUCCGGUCCUUAUUUAUUUUUUCUGAUAUUAAUGUUAAAACUGAACAUGAUCAGUAACCCCUUAAGGUUUAUUCAGCAAUUUGCAAUAACACUAUUAGACCAGUGAUCUCUUUUCACAUCAUCGCUUAUUUCAGGGGUUUUUCACUUCUUAUAAAAGGGAUAUAUGUGGAAAUUUUGUGAAAGGGGAAACUCUGUUGUAAAACCUUUAUGAUUCCUCCUUAAGGAUAACUGACAAUCCUGAAGAAAUCACAGAGUGUCCCAUAUAAAUCUUGCUCAUAAACUCCAACCUUUUUUUUUUUUUUUUUUUUUUUUUUUGCUUAUGGGACAUCCUGUAGAUUUCUGCUAUUUAUCUAGGAGUGUACAUUCAUAACCAGUUAGUUCUUGUCAGGUUAUAAUGUCUCGUCAUAAAAAGGGAAUCUUUUUAACACACUUUCAAAGUUUCCAAGCAUUUUUUUUUUUUUACCUCUACACUGAAAUUACUUCGGCUUGAAACCCCCCCCCCCACCCCUUUUUCUGACCUUUUAAAUAAGAUUUAUGACUUCAUCAGUAUUUUAAUGUGCAUACAUUAAAAAAAAAAAAACUUUGUUAACUUGCGUGACUGUAACGUGGUGUAUUGAAACGACGCAUGCUGAACUUGCGAUUUUUACGGUGUACAUUCACGUAGAACUCCUAAGUCUUGCCACAACAAACAUUUGAUGGAUAUUUUUGAUAUUUGUGGAAGCUAGUCAUUUUCUUUGAAACGCGUCUUGUUCAAUAUCCUGUUGGCAAUAAGUCGUUAGCCGAAUCUCCGAGUUUACAUCUAACAAGGCUCACUCACUUUUUUUUUUUUUGGCAACUUCAUCACCAGUAAUGAGGAUGUCUUUGUAAUUGUGUUUACUGUUUUCUAUGCAUUUUUGUUCUUAAAGGAUAAAAGCUUUUGAUGUGCAUGUAGAACGCACAUAUCUAAUGAAGAACCUUGGUUCUCUUGGUUAAGUUAAAGCCCCUUAUAGAGAUCUCUCUUGGGUUAAAAUUUAAAAUUUUUCUAUUUUUUUUCUCUUAUUUUCUUAGUUUUUCCACCAUCAUGUCAGACCAGAUUCGCCUUCAUGUCUACAUUUUUCUUUGUUUUACGUUAAAGUCAAUUGUGCUGGUUGAUUUUGUGAUGGUUACAUUAUUGCCGUUUGAGUUUGAAUUUUUUUCCCUAUAUGGCUGCUUCCAUGUCCUUUGACUUUAAUGCUUCCAAAAGCUGAUCCAUUAAAGGAGUUAAGGCUAA